CACUUCUUUUGCAUUUGAGUAAUUUUUAACAUAUUUUAGGUUAUUAGGCGGCGUUUCAUCCAUAUCUGACAUCCAGCACUGGGUUGGAGUAGGAGCAAGCAUGGCUUCCUUGCUCGGCAGUGUCACAGCGUUCACCACACUCUCCUCCACCGCUCGAGUACAUGAUUUAGCUCUCUUCAGAGAACCUCGACAGCAGCCUUCACAUUCUUUUCAUUCGAAUCGCUCCUCCGCUCUCUGCAGCUCUGCUUUCCUUUCUCUCCGACCCCUCUUUCCCCCUGUUCCUCUUCGUUCUUCCAGAUGGAGCCCGCCGGCAGCGGAGGCGGAGGACGUAAUUCCGGUGGAGGAGUCUCCGGCGCCGGAUCCCGUCGAAGCUCAGAUAGAGGCUGCUGCUGCCAGCUCUACUCGUAAGGGUGAGGAUGUCUUUGCAGUUGUGAUGAUUGGCUCAAGGCAGUACAUUGUCAUUCCUGGAAGGUUUAUCUACACGCAGCGGCUGAAGGGUGCCAAUGUUAAUGACAAGGUCAGUUGCUUGGUGUUGGGCAGCCGUGAAUGAGUUAUUGAGUUAUUUUAUCAUUUAACGAAGGCAGUACCAAGUAAUGAGGAUUGGCUCGUGUCAUUUAUGAUAAACGUGUUUCUAGAUAAUUCUGUUAACUGAUCUAGAUAUAAUGCAGUAUCAUUUGCCGACAUCAAACAACAUUUUAUUUUACAAGUAGUCUAGGAAAUAUUUACAGACAAUAGUUUUCUUCAUUGCAGCAGCCAGAACUCUUAACCAUCAAUAUAUUGUUUACUUUUACCUUAUGACCA